GUUCACUAGUACGGACGGUAGGCCCUAAGAGUGGUGGAUAUCUUUAAAACGCUACUCUCAAUGCAAGCCGUCUUGUAGCUAUUUGGUUGAAGCGAACUGCUGUCCGACUACAAACUGAAGAGCACCGACUGGAGAAGCUCUUGGUUCUAAGAUGAGAAUUUUCCAAUCCUUGCUGUCAUUGUUGGUGGUCCUGCCUUGUUUACUUCUGUCCACAACCGAAGGUAAACCAGAGAGAUUUAGAAGACAACGCAAAGCACUUUGUCCUCAGGGAUGGAUACAGUUCGAAGGAUCAUGUUACGUAACAUUCGUAGAUGGUAAAACCUGGCAAGAUUCAGAAAAGAACUGUAGAGAAUUAGGAGGAUACUUAGUAUCUAUACACUCUGAAAGAGAGGAUAUAUUUGUAUCUAAAGAACUAGCACUACCUGAGCCUUUAGUGUGGAUUGGUCUUAGAAGACCAGAAGUGGAGAGACCAUUUUUAUGGAGCGAUGGAUCGAUAUCACGUUAUUCAAAUUGGGGUUUGAACGAACCGCGAAUAGACAAUAAUGACAGAAACUGCGUACAAAUGUUCUCGGGGACUUUAUUUGAAUGGCAAACUGAACUGUGCGCCAGACCUCAGCCGUAUGUAUGCGAACGUGAUUUGAACGAAUGUGACAAGACUCCAUGCGAUCUCAAUGCUGUUUGUACCAAUGUCUUUGGAUCUUUUAAAUGCAAAUGUAACCGCGGAUUUAUUGGUGAUGGUUUGAACUGUACAGAUAUCAAUGAAUGUUCAUCUGGUGUUGCUGAUUGUGAUGCAAAUGCAGACUGCAUCAACACCAAGGGAUCUUUUACCUGCAAAUGUAAACCAGGGUACACUGGAAAUGGCUUCAACUGCAAUGAUGUUGAUGAGUGUGUUCUCGGUAUAACAAGGUGUAGUUCCAAUGCCACAUGUUUUAAUAGCCCUCCUGGAUCCUACACAUGCGAUUGUAAACCCGGAUUCACUGGCGAUGGUUACAAUUGUAAAGAUGAUGAUGAAUGCUCUCUUGGUAUAAGCGACUGUGACGAACAAGCUACCUGUAUUAACACAAUUGGCUCUUAUAAAUGUCAAUGUAAACCUGGUUACAUAGGAGAUGGCAUCGCUUGUAGAACUCAAGGAACAUGCAUUCCUAGUUGUGAUUCUAAUGCUUCUUGUGCAGUCAUUGGUGGAGUCAGCCGGUGCAUUUGUAACCAAGGUUAUUCAGGCAAUGGCAUCACUUGUUCAGAAAUCGACGAGUGCAAACAAGAUCUUGAUGACUGUGAUGAUUACACAGGAAUCUGUAACAACACCAUUGGGUCGUAUAAAUGUAAAUGUAAAAAUGGCUACAGAGGAGAUGGCAUUAAUUGUGAAGAUAUCAACGAAUGUGGGUCUGUACAUGAUUGUGAUCCAAAUGCUCUCUGCACCAACACGGAGGGUUCAUACAUUUGCCGUUGCUUGAGGGGAUUCUUUGGCGAUGGAAAGACUUGCAAAGAUAUCGACGAGUGCAGAGCUAAAACUGACUUUUGUCCAUUAAACACGCUGUGUUACAACACCCCUGGUUCUUAUGAUUGUCCAUGUCUCGAAGGUUACACUGGAGAUGACUGCCAUGAUAUAAACGAAUGUACUAAUGGUAUGCACAACUGUGAUGUCAACGCUCUUUGUACUAACAUUCCUGGGUCAUAUAUGUGUCGGUGCUUGAGAGGAUUUGAAGGGGAUGGAAUCACAUCGUGUAAAGACAAAGAUGAAUGUGUACUUGAAGAAGCAGGGUGUCCCGAUAAUUCUGUGUGUAUGAAUACAGAAGGUUCGUUUGCCUGUCAGUGUUUGCCUGGCUACGAAAGGAGGGGCACGAACUGUACAGAUAUUGACGAAUGUAGCAUCGGCGCGCAUGGAUGUAGUCCGAAUGCGCUGUGCAGUAACACUGUGGGUUCAAAUAUUUGCCGGUGUUUACGUGGUUUUCAAGGUGACGGUAUAACUUGUCGUGAUAAAAAUGAAUGUGCUUUAUCUUCGGAUAAUGACUGCCACCAAAACUCGAUGUGCAUCAACACAGAGGGAUCAUAUGUUUGUCAAUGUAACAAGGGAUUCACUGGUGAUGGAAGGACAUGUUCUGAUAUCGAUGAAUGUGGUACCGGGACGCAUAACUGUAGCUCGAAUGCGCUGUGUAGAAACUUUAUCGGCACACAUAUUUGUAGUUGUUUACCUGGUUUUGAAGGUGAUGGCAGGACGUGUUCUGAUAUCAAUGAGUGCGCAGGACUGAUUACCGAUUGCGAUACGAAUGCAGUAUGUUUGAACACUGAAGGUUCUUAUUCAUGUGUCUGUAAAGAUGGCUUUACCGGCGACGGAAGAACUUGUACAGAGACUGUAAGACGCUGCGAACCAAGUUGUACAGGGAAUGAAAAUUGUAUCAACCUCAACGGCACUUACCAGUGUGUUUGUAAGGAGGGAUUUGAUAGACAGGACGGGAAAUGCAAAGAUAUCAACGAAUGUGAGUUCGUUAUUUCUCCGUGCAACGGUAAUGCAGUUUGUGAAAACACCGCUGGCUCAUAUGUGUGCAGGUGUUUGGAUGGAUUCAAAAAAGAAGAAGAUGCAUGCAUCGAUAUAAAUGAGUGUUUGGACCAAAGCACUUGUCAUGCCAAUGCUACGUGUGUUAAUUCCAUUGGAUCGUACCGCUGUGAAUGUAAUGACGGGUUUAUUGGUAACGGCAAGUCUUGCACAGUGCAUGCACCAACUCAAGCUGUAACACCGAAGACUUCACCAACAAAUGUAACAACGAGCACAAUUAAGGAAACCACGAAAGCAGAUAUAGAACUCACUACUCCUGCGACAAUAGACACCGAAACACCAAUCACUUCGAUAGUAAUUACAGAAGAAACUGCUACAUCAAGUAUACUCGGUUUAGAAACCACAACAAGAAAAAAAGUGACUGAAAUACCUAAAACUGAUGAGAAGACUGAACAGCCUCCCACUAGAGAAAAAGAGACCGAACAGCCUGCCACUGGAGAUAAGAUAGGUCCAGUACCCACUACUGUAACACCUUCAACUGGUGAGAAGACUGAACAGCCGUCCCCUGGAGAAAAAGAGACUGAACAGCCUACCACCGGAGAAAAGAUAGGUCCAGUACCCACUACUGUAACACCUUCAACUGGUGAGAGGACUGAACAGCCUAUCACUGGAGAAAAAGAGACUGAACAGCCUACAACUGGAGAAAAGAUAGGUCCAGUAUCCACUACUGUAACACCUUCAACUGGUGAGAAGACUGAUCAGACUAUCACUGGAGAAAAAGAGACUGAACAGCCUACAACUGGAGAAAAGAUAGGUCCAGUAUCCACUACUGUAACACCUUCAACUGGUGAGAAGACCGAACAGCCUAUCACUGGAGAAGAAGAGACUGAAGAGCCUACCACUGGAGCAAAGAUAGUUCCAGUACCCAUUACUGUAACACCUUCAACUGGUGAGAAGACUGAACAGCCUAUCACUGGAAAAGAAGAGACUGAAGAGCCUACCACUGGAGGAAAGAUAGGUCCAGUACCCACUACUGUAACACCUUCAACUGGUGAGAAGACUGAACAGCCUAUCACUGGAGAAAAAGAGACUGAACAUCCUAUCACUGGAGAAAAAGAGACCGAACAGCCUACAACUGGAGAAGAAGAGACUGAACAGCCUACCACUGUAGAAAAGAUAGGUCCAGUACACACUGCUGUAACACCUUCAACUGGUGAGAAGACUGACCAGCCUACCACUGGAGAAGAGACUGGACAACCUACCACUGGAGUAAAAGAGACUGAACAUCCCACCAGUGGAGAAAAAAUAGGUCCUAUACACGUUACGUUCGAGCCUACUACAUACAAAAAAUUGAAACCUCCAACCACCGAUGAGGUCGAUAUUACAGAAAAACCAACAUCGAUGGACAAGGUUACGGUAAAGCCUACGACAGGAUCGUUCAUGAUCACAGGAGAUGUUGUGACCAAGAAAACAACAGUGUCUCCUGAAACAGACAUUAUAACAGAAAAGGUGCAAACAAAACUACCUCAAGAAAAGGUAACAUCACAGCCAACCACUUCUCAAAAAGUUACGGGAAGACCAACCACUGGCGAAUUAGUAACUGGAAAACCAAUCACUGGUGAAUUAGUAACUGGAAAACCAGCCACUGAUGAAGCAGUAACUGAAAAACCAACCACUGGUGAAUUAGUAACUGGAAAACCAACCACUGGUGAAGUAGUAACUGGAAAACCAGCCACUGGUAAAGUAGUAACUGGAAAACCAACCACUGGUAAAGUAGUAACUGGAAAACCAACCACCGGUGAAGUAGUAACUAGAAAACCAAUCACUGGUGAAGCAGUAACUGGAAAACCAACCACUGGUGAAGCAGUAACUGGAAAACCAACCACUGAUGAAAUAGUAACUGCAAAACCAACCACUGGGGAAGUAGUAACUGGAAAACCAACCACUGGGGAAGUAGUAACUGGAAAACCUGGAAAACCAACCACUGGUGAAGUAGUAACUGGAAAACCAUCCACCGGUGAAUUAGUAACUGGAAAGCCAACCACUGGUGAAGUAGUAACUGGAAAACCAUCCACCGGUGAAUUAGUAACUGGAAAGCCAACCACUGGUGAAGUAGUAAGUGGAAAACCAACCACUGGUGAAGUAGUAACGGGAAAACCAACCACUGGUGAAGUAGUAACUGGAAAACCAUCCACCGGUGUAUUAGUAACUGGAAAGCUAACCACUGGUGAAGUAGUAAGUGGAAAAGCAUCGACUGCUGAAGUAGUAACUGGAAAACCAACUACUGGGAAAGUAGUAACUGGAGAAUCAACCACUACUGCUGAAAAACCAACUACUGGUGAAACGGUUUUGCCUGUAAACUUCUGUCCUGAAGGGAAACAUGAUUGCCAUCCGAACGCCAAUUGUUUCGUGCGUGAUAAUGGUUAUGUUUGCCGUUGCAAAGAGGGUUUUGUUGGAAAUGGGACGCAAUGCCAAGACAAAGAUGAAUGCAGCGCAGAGACUCCUGUAUGUAGUGUCCAUGCUGAGUGUGUGAACACCUUGGGAUCUUACCAAUGUACAUGUAAAAAAGGAUUCCUGGGCAAUGGAACAACAUGCGAAGAUUUCAACGAAUGUGCUGAUGGAAUUCUUAAGUGUGAUAUCAAUGCAGAAUGCUUCAACACUAUUGGCUCCUACAAGUGCAAGUGUAAAUAUGGCUAUGAAGGAGAUGGAGUGAAUUGCAAACAACUUGAUAGUGAUUGUGAUCCAGAAUGCACCGGCAAUACUGUUUGCGUGAAGAAUGGUACUAUCAGUCAAUGCGAGUGUAAACAGGGAUACAUACGACAAGGAUUAGUAUGUGUAGAUAUAAAUGAGUGUGAAUCAGUUGCUGUGAACGGGUGUCCUGAAAACUCGAUGUGCUCCAACACARAGGGAUCAUAUGUUUGUCAAUGUAUGGAGGGAUUUACUGGUGAUGGAAGGACAUGUUCUGACAUUGAUGAAUGUACCUCUGGAAUGGACGACUGUAGCCCUUAUGCGCUGUGCACGAAUACAGAAGGCUCAUUCAUUUGUCGAUGUCUACGCGGUUUUAAUGGUGACGGCAAGACUUGUGUAGACGCAAUGUCCGUGUGUCUGCCAGAGUGCGGUGAAAAUUCCGAGUGCAAGCUCCAAGAUGGUCGUCCACAGUGUGUCUGUAAACAAGGCUAUCAAGGUCCAUCGUGUACUGACAUUGAUGAAUGUAGGAGUGAAGAGAACGACUGCAGUGCUAAUGCUCUUUGCACUAACAUUCCUGGUUCGUAUGUCUGUCGAUGUUUACGUGGAUUCGCUGGAGACGGCAAAACAUGUGAUGCCAUGACAGUGAUAACAGCAAGACCACCUACGAAGAUAGCACAAAAAAAGACAACUGAACAACAAACCACUGCUGAACAGCCUACCACAGGAGAAAAGAUAGGUCCAGCACCCUCUACUGUAACACCUACAACUGGUGAGAAGACUGGACAGACUACCACUGGAGAAAAAAAGACUGAACAGCCUAUCACUGGAAAAAAAGAGACUGAACAGCCUAUCACUGGAGAAAAAGAGACUGAACAGCCUACCACUGGAGAAAAGAUACGUCCGGUACCCACUACUUUAACACCUACAACUGGUGAGAAGACCGAACAGCCUAUAACUGGAGAAAAAGAGACUGAACAGCCUACCACUGGAGAAAAGAUAGCAACUGGUGAGAAGACCGAACAGUCUAUAACUGGAGAAAAAGAGACUGAACAGCCUACCACCGGAGAAAAGAUAGGUCCAGUAUCCACUACUUUAACACCUACAACUGGUGAGAAGACCGAACAGCCUAUCACUGGAGAAAAAGAGACUGAACAGCCUACCACUGGAGAAAAGAUAGGUCCAGUACCCACUACUGUAACACCUUCAACUGGUGAGAAGACCGAGCAGCCUAUCACUGGAGAAAAAGAGACUGAACAGGCUACAACUGGAGAAAAGAUAGGUCCAGUACCCACUACUGUAACACCUUCAACUGGUGAGAAGACCGAACAGCCUAUCACUGAAGAAAAAGAGACUGAACAGCCUAUCACUGGAGAAAAAGAGACUGAACAGCCUACCGCUGGAGAAGAAGAGACUGAACAGCCUACCGCUGGAGAAGAAGAGACUGAACAGCCUACCGCUGGAGAAGAAGAGACUGAACAGUCUACUACAAGUGUAGAAUUUUCUACAAAAACAGGAAUUCUUACCGACAUAACAAAAACUCCGCGCCCUCAGAUAAAGGUCACCACAUCCACCGUUACUGAAGACAAACGAACGGGCAAACCAACAAGUGCUAAAGUAGUAACUAAAAAACCAACCACUACUUCUAAAGUGGUAACUGGAAAACCAACCACUACUGAAUUAGUAACUGGAAAACCAACCACUGGUAAAGUAGUAACUGGAAAACCAGCCACUGGUGAAGUAGUAACUGGCAAACCAACCACUGGUGAAGUAGUAACUGGAAAACCAACCACUAGUGAAGUAGUAACUGGAAAACCAACCACUGGUGAAGAAGUAACUGAAAAACCAACCACUGGUGAGGUAGUAACUGGAAAACCAGCCACCACUUCUGAAGUAGAAACUGGAAAACCAACCACUGCUGGAGAAACUGGAAAAUCAGCCACUGCUGAAGUAGCAACUCCAAAACCAACCACUGGUGAAGUACAAACUGGAAAACCAACCACCACCUCUGAGGUAGAAACUGGAAAACCAACCACUGCUGGAAUAGAAACUGGAAAACCAUCCACUGCUGAAGUAGAAACUCCAAAACCAACCAAUGGUGAAGAAGUAACUGGAAAACCAACCACAGGUGAAAUAGUAUCUGGAAAACCAACCACCACUGAUGAUGUAGUAACUGGAAAAACAACCACCACUGAAGAAGUAACUGGAAAACCAACCAGUGGUAAAGUAGUAACUGGAAAACCAAACACCACUGCUGAAGUAGGAACUGGAAAAACAACCACUGCUGAAGUAGUAACUGGAAAAYCUACCACUGGGAAAGUAGUAACUGGAAAACSWACUACCACUGCUGAAGUAGUAACURGAAAACCAACUCCUGGAAAAGUAGUAACUGGAGAAUCAACCACUACUGCUGAAAAACCAACUACUGGUGAAGCGGUUUUGCCUGUAAACUUCUGUGCUGAAGGGAAACAUGAUUGUCAUCCUAACGCCGAUUGUUUCGUCCGUGAUAAUGGUUAUGUUUGCCAAUGCAAAGAGGGUUUUGKUGGAAAUGGAACGCAAUGCCAUGAUGAAGAUGAAUGCGUAAAUCUUAUCGCAGACUGUGAUGAGAAUGCAAAUUGCAUGAACACUUUAGGGUCGUAUCGCUGUAACUGCAAGGCGGGUUACUCUGGCAACGGCAAUGUUUGCAAAGACAACGAUGAAUGCAGCGCAGAGACUCCUGUAUGUAGCGUCCAUGCUGAGUGUGUGAACACCUUGGGAUCUUACCAAUGUACAUGUAAAAAAGGAUUCCUGGGCAAUGGGACAACAUGCAAAGAUUUCAACGAAUGUUCUAAUGGAAUUCUUAAGUGUGAUAUGAAUGCAGACUGCAUCAACACUAUUGGCUCCUACAAGUGCAAGUGUAGAGAUGGUUAUGAAGGAGAUGGAGUAGAUUGUAGAGAACUUGGUAGGGAUUGUGAUCCAGAAUGCACCGGCAAUACUGUUUGCGUGAAGAAGGGCACUAUCAGUCAAUGCGAGUGUAAACAGGGAUACAUACGACAAGGAUCAGUAUGUGUAGACAUCAACGAAUGUGUGGAUGAUGGUGUAUGUGGUGUGAAUGCUCUCUGCACCAAUAUGGAGGGAUCGUAUGUUUGCCGUUGCUUGGAGGGAUACACUGGUGAUGGAAAAACUUGCAUAGACAUCAACGAGUGUGUGGAUGAUGGGGUAUGUGGUGUGAAUGCUCUCUGCACCAAUAUGAAGGGAUCUUAUGUUUGCCGUUGCUUGAGGGGAUACACUGGUGAUGGAAGGACUUGCAUAGAUCUCGAUGAAUGUGUAGAAGGGGCUCAUUCUUGUCCAAGUAAUGCCUUAUGUAGCAACACCCCUGGAUCAUAUCGUUGUCGCUGUUUAAGGGGCUUCUCUGGAGAUGGAGUAACCUGCAAUGACAUAGACGAGUGUUCUAGCGGUGACAACACAUGUGACACUAACGCACUCUGCUCGAAUGUCCCUGGAUCGUAUGUCUGCCGUUGUAAGAAAGGUUACGAGGAAGACGGACGAAUUUGCCAAGACAAAGAUGAAUGCGUACUUGAAGAGCAUGAUUGUUCCGAGCUAGCUGAUUGUAUCAAUACAGAAGGCUCGUUUGCCUGUCAGUGUAUUGCUGGAUACGAGGGCGAUGGCAGGAACUGUACAGAUAUAAACGAGUGUGAAUCAGUUGCUGUGAACGGGUGUCCUGAAAACUCGAUGUGCUCCAACACAAAGGGAUCAUAUGUUUGUCAAUGUAUGGAGGGAUUCACUGGUGAUGGAAGGACUUGUUCUGACAUCAAUGAAUGUACCUCUGGAAUGGACGACUGUAGCCCUUAUGCGCUGUGCUCGAAUACAAAAGGCUCAUUUAUUUGUCGAUGUCUACGCGGUUUUACUGGUGACGGCAAGACUUGUGUAGACGCAAUGUCCGUUUGUCUGCCAGAGUGCGGUGAAAAUGCCGAGUGCAAGCUCCAAGAUGGUCGUCCACAAUGUGUCUGUAAACAAGGAUUUCAAGGUCCAUCUUGCACUGACAUUGAUGAAUGUAGGAAUGGAGAAAACGACUGCAGCCCUAAUGCUCUUUGUACUAACGCUCCUGGUUCGUAUAUCUGUCGAUGUUUACGCGGAUUCUCUGGAGACGGCAAAACAUGUUCUGGUAAGAGACACUGUUGUUUUCUCAUGUUUAUAAAGGUUGUCUAG